AUGAAAGCGAUUAAGCUCUUAAUGAUGGGCCCACCAGGAGUCGGCAAAGGCACAUUUGGAAAAUUGUAAAAUUAAUGCAGGCUUUCUAAAGAAUUUAGCAUCCCAAUUUUGACUGUAGGUGAUGAAAUCAGAAAAAUUGCUGCUCAAGAGAGCUUAUCUCAAGUCUAUAUUGAUAUUGCAAAAGAUGUCACUAACUGCCUCCUUUAAAUUGGAAAAAUAUAUGUAAGAUUUCAUGGUAUUUAAACACAAAUUUAAAUUUGAACAAUUUUUUAAUAGAAAAAUUUUAUAAGUGAAAAAAUAAUUUUUAUAAAAAAUCAAUUGACCUAAUAUAAUGGAAAAACGCAUCUAUAAUGCUUUUAAAGAGUAACACACCAAAUUGGUCAAUUUUUAGAAUAAAUUCUUCAUAAAAAACAAAUUAAAGCUCAAAAAUAUUGCAUUAAGUUUUAAUUUAAAAACAAUUAGCACCCUUUAAAUUGGAAUAGGAUUUUGUACAAUUUAAAAUAGGGAAGUAAAGGCAAGCUUAUUAACGAUGGUCUGGCAUGGGCUAUAAUGAUUCACAAACUUAAAGAUCUUGACACUUCAAGAGGAUUUAUCAUUGACGGAUACCCCAGAACUGCUACAGAAUGUGAAAUCAUGGAAAUGUGCGAUUUUCAAUAUGAUUUAGUAGUCAGCUUAAAGCAGCACGAAGAAGUAAUUAUUAAGAAAACGUUAGCAAGAAGAGUUUGUGAGUCAUGCGGAUCAACAUAUAAUUUAGCAAAUAUUGAAUAUGAAGGACAUAAAUUGCCAUCUAUGAAGCCAAAGGUAAAAGGAAAAUGUGACAAUUGUGGAGGAAAUUUAAUUACUAGGAAAGAUGACACAAGGAGUGUUAUACAGAAAAGACUUUUCACUUUUCAAGUUCACACACUGCCACUAGAAAAAUAUUUUGCGGAAAAAGGAAAAUUAAUUGAGUUUAGCCCAUAUGGAGGGGUUGCUGAUUAUCCACAGCUUUCAGUAAAAGUUAAAGAAAAGUUAGGAUUACCAUAA